AUGAAAGUUGGUAUUAAUGACCAAAUUUUUAAUGUUUUGAAAAAAACAAUAAAGCAACAGACUCCCUCAGUCAAUGAGUAUAUCCUUAUGUUUGAUGAGAUGUCAAUAAAAAAGAAUUUGUUUUACAACAAAAAGGAAGACAUAAUUGAGGGUUAUCAAGACCAUGCAUUGCAGGGCAGGUCACCACAAAUGGCAACACAUGCCCUCGUGUUCAUGAUUGGCGGAAUCCGUAAAAAGCUGAAACAACCAAUUGCUUAUUAUUAUUCUAAGGAGGUCCUGCAACAUUGUUUUGAUGCUGGAAUUAAUAUUUCAGCUACAAUGUGUGAUAUGGAUGUUGUGAAUAAGAGAGCUUUAAGUAUCUUGGGAGCAUCUGUAGAACAGCCAUAUAUUCUGCUAAAUAAUCGAGAAGUGGUUACCAUUUUUGAUACUCCGCAUUUGCUGAAAUGCUUUAGAAAUAUGUUUUUAAAAUAUGACAUUAAAUGUCCAACAAAUAUAACAUCAAAUGAUCAAAUUUGA